GCGCGAACCGCAGCGUCAUUUCCGGCCAACGCGCGGCGCCCCAACGUCACUUCCGGACGUUGCCAUAACGACGGCGCACGCUCGGCACCCUGCCAUUUAUGUCACGCCAGACUGACCAGGCCCUUCACGGACAGACGGGAGGGAAAGGCCGAGAACCGACAGCGGGCAAGCGAGGAGGAGCAGGGCGGGACCAGAGCCGUGGCGGGCCGCCCACUUCAGGGCUACGAACGCGGCCCGGCCGAGGCAACGAGCGCGGGACGAAGGCGGACGGGCGGCAGCAGUAACGUCACCGGCAGCGGAAGACGCGGGCGCCCGCUGGGUGCGUUCACGCAUGCGCACUUCUCACUCCCGCUAGCACAGGGCCCCGCCUCUGGGCGAGCUGCGCAUGCGCUCUACUUUCGUUUCCAGUCAGAGCUGGUUUCCCGCCCAGCGCUGCUCCUCGCCCCGCCUCAGCCAUCCUCACAGCGCCCAGUUCUCUGUUUGCUGUUUCCUGGCGUCUUUACUUUUUCUCCGAGUGGGACCAAAUGCCGUCGAUUCGUUUCGUGAGAGUCUCAGGUGUCGUCUGACCCCCUGGGACGGACCGUGGGGUAGUUAGGAGUCGCAGACGCAAUGAGUGCCACGCAGAUGGAGCUGUAAUGAGGGCUUUAUUAUUUCGCAGACUUUUGUAAGCAGCGCAGCGCAGGAUGUCAAUAAUCAGAAUCGGCACAGCACAGAUCUUCAUCAGUUACAGCUUAGAGUUAUGAGGUGUGCCCUCAUCACCUGGACCAGGACAAAUCCUAACGCUGCUCACUCUGAAGGUCAUAAUCUGACCCCAGAAUGCACACAAAGGAAAACAUGUGGCUCAGUCCAUCCUCAAAAAUGGCCCUGACUGAGGGGAUUUCUGUUGGCUGCAGCUCCAGCCUGCAGCCCAUGGACAGGUGCUGCCCAGCUCACAGCGUUCCAUGGCACGCCAUGUUCCCCUCUGUGUUAUCAUCUGACAUCACAGAGGGACAGAAGCCUCUACAUCAGCAUUGGCUCAGGCCCAUCCCAGUGCUUCCUGGCAGUCGCAGAGUUGCUCUUGCGUCCAGUUUUCUCUAGAGGACACAAGGAGUCUCUUGUACCUCAGAGGAUAAAGGAGGAGAGAGCUAUUCGGCGAAGGACAGAGAAGGGUAUCAGAAGGGUUUCCUAGUAGGAAACAUCAGAAACCUUUUGUUCUUUAGCUUCACGUACCCACCUGAAGCAAGAGCAUGGUCAGCCUGCUAGAACUGAUUGCUAACAUCGAGCGCUGGAGUGAGACUGGCUGCAGCACAGUCAUGUUUCCCACACUCGAGAAGCUUUCCAUCAAUGAUGUCACUAACAUUUGGAACAAUGUGUUCAAGCGUGUUCACCAAUUGCUCCUGCUGAAAAAGCCUUCAGCUGUCAGCAUAACCGGACUGGGGACAUUUUGUAUUCAAAAAUGGCAAGCCCUUGAGGAUGGUGAGACACUCACGUUUCAGAGACCGCUGUUUUUGCUGUCCAAGGCUGUUGCACAGAUUCGUGAUCUCAAACACUUUCCUAUAUACUUGCCUGAUGACAGUGAGAUAGUGGAGCUGAACUGUGAGACCAUACGCUUGCACAGCACCUAUUCUCAGCAAACAGUGCAGGGCUGUCUGUUGGAGACCUUGCAGUAUUUCUACCACAUCCUAACAAUUGGAGAAGAUGCAGACUUCACAUUUAAGGACAUCGGCACUCUUGCUAUCCGAGGGGAGCAGGUGGAAAUGACGUUUUGUGAAGACUUUUUACUGCAUCUUAACAAGUCUACAUACGUGGUACAAAAGCUUCUCAGUAAAAGAUGGGUCAUCUCGGACAAAGAAACUGCUCUCCUGCCGAGCCAAUUUGGCCAAGUCCACCUGUUGCCAGAGUUUGAGAUCAAGGAGGUUCCUCAACUUGCUACGAUGCCACUACCAGAGGAAAAGCUACUUGAAAGAAAAGGGUCUCUUCUCUGCAAGCUACUCAGACUACGAAGGACCAUUUCUCUCAGCACAUUAACCACAGCUGAGAUAGACGAAGAAGAGGAGUCUGCUGACAGACCUCUCCCACAAAUGCCAGGCACAGAAGGAAGGCAGGACAAAGAAAGUCCCACCUUUCCAGUGGUCACUUCUCAUCCUGAAGAUGAUCCAUAUAACCUGUCGGCUUGGAUCCAGGAGAGGAAGCAAUUCAUUUCUCAGCUAGAAAGCUUUGGAGACAUUGAGAAAUGGCUGAGAAAUAAAUCGUCCCGGAGCUAUGUGGAAGGGAGAGUCUGGGAACGCAUAAAGUCACGCAGAGCAGAGAGAAGGGCUGAAAGCAAACCAGCUGUGACUGAUAACCUGGCCGACACACCACCAGCAAGCAGCCAGCCUCAGCCCCCUCUUUGCAUACCGUACCCCGAGGCUCUCAUUGCACUGCAUAACCUCCUGCGCAAACGGAAGACGACACUGGUGAAUAUCUUCAAGAAAGCUGGCAUGGAAGGCAGAGAUAUCAAGAAAGCAGAUUUCAUUAAAAUCAUCAAGCAGGCAAACAUUCCCAUCAGCGAAAAGGACCUGGAGGAUGUGAUCAUCUUUUUGACUGCCCCUAAACGUGGGAAAUAUACUACCAUGGAAAAGCUAAUGGAAUGUCAAAAUGAGUGGCUGGAAAUGAAGAAAAAAGAAUCCAGACAGACCAAAGGGAGUGCAAAGACUCAGCCCCAUAAAGCCACAUGCAAAUCUGCCACAUCUCCACGUUCUGCUGAGGGCAGAGCCAAAGAGAUGGAUCCUACCAAGCCCACAGUGAAGUUAACACCCUUAGAAGUUACCCCGGUCCAUGCUGAGCCAGCACAAGGACAUCAAACAGUCCAUGAAAAGAAAGACACUCCAAAACCAUCUGGAGACGGGACACAAAAAACUAUCAAGAGACGAGAGGUGAAGAAGGACAAGGGCAGCCCAAUCAAGUGGAACGAAACGUCUCAGCAGGAGAGAUCUGGGGAGCUAACUGUUGAAGAGCACUGCUUCCCAUCAACUACAGGCAGUGACAUAGGUGCACUGGUCGACCAAUACCGCAGCAAGGCGGCUGUGAGUUACCUGAAUUCCUCCAAGCUGUGCAAAGAGCGUGACAUUCAUCUCACCGAGCCAGCGCUGCAGAAAGGCCUCCUGCACCCAGGAGACAAAAUCAUCAGAAAAGGACGAUAUCUGAGCAAGAUCAGGCAGCCUGGAGGAUAUUACAACGUAGGACUUGCGGAUGUGUCCUCACCUCUGAGCAUGUCUGAGUCAUCAAAAAGUACAGCUGCAAACCUGGGCAAAGAAGGCAAAAACAAGAGGGCUUCAGAGGAGUUUUGCCAUUACGACUCUUGUCAGAGGAAUCGGAAAGAAAAGAGCAAUAAGUUCUGGCCAGGUCACCUUCUGGACAAGAUGCGCCUCUGCAUUCCAGAAGAGAAGACCAACAGGGCGCACCCCUUGUUCAGCUGUGUUCGCCCGACCCGGCCUGUGUACAGGAUUAUCUAAAACCACAACCAGCACCAGCCAAUCCACAAGAUGUUGUCUGUGUCCACCAGAGAUAUGGCAUCCAAGUCUCAUUGCACCUGAAGGUCUUCAAGCAGCACACGAUGUGCGCAGAACAUUGCAUUUCAUCAUCAGCUCAAGAGACCUGAGCUGUUCUGUUAAAGCACAGACACAGAAUACCCUAAGCUGGAAUGGACCCACAGGAGUCAUCUAGUCCAACACUUCAAAACCAAAUAAAAAACAUUAUCCAUCCUAUUCUCAGGACUACUUGCACUCUAUAAAUGGAGAAAUAGACAUAGAGAUAAGCAACAACACUGCGCCAAUGGAAAGCACAGCGUCGUUCACUUGGACUGCCAUUCCUGACCAGUGCUGUGCUCCCAGAG